GAGAUUCCCCCCGAACUGGGAAAUCUAACAUGGGAUUUCCAUGCAGCCCUGAAAAAACGAGUAGAGGAAGUUGAAUCAAUCCAGCGAAAAAAUCUGUUAACGAGGGCUAUCCGAGCGCCUGACAUAACACAACAAAUAAGUAACAUGAAGAGCUGCCUGAAUGAUGCUAUUUCUCGUUUCCAGCUAAGAAUAUCAACUUUAAUUCUACUUCGUGCGGAACGUGUGUCAGUCCAGUCCAGUCGCUGCCGAAUACAUGUGUGUUAAGAGCAAGUCGGAAUGUCUCGAACGGACGCGGGUUCAGAUACAAGCAUCGCUGCUGGAGCAUCUCAAGAUCCCCGAGAAUCGAUUUACCUGGUUGCGUGGGCCUCCGGGUACUGGGAAGACAGCGAUUUGUAUGAGCGUUGCGUCCACCCUCAACAGCGAGGCUGUCCUGGCGGCGUCGUUCUUCUGGGAUAAGAACCAAGCAGGAACGGGCCUCAAUUCCAUUGAACACUUUCCCUCCACCCUUGCGUACCAACUCGCAGUCUUCAACGAAGACUUCAAGAUGUCACUUGUCAAACACCUUCGGCAGCCAUCUUCAGGCUUUGUUAAGAGUCUCCCACUGGAUAAACAAAUGAGCGUUUUGAUCAUCGAACCAAUGCGCGAUGUGAUAGAAAUGCUGCCUUCUGGCAGGAUUCGCUUCGUUAUCAUACUAGAUGGCUUAGAUGAGUGUGGGAAUCCUAUGACACUCAAGAGUUUAAUGGAGCUUGUGCUAAAGCUGCAUGAUCUACCCUCCUCAUUUGCCGUGUUAGUCAGCUCUCGUCCAGAGACACAGGUUAUUCGGGCUUGGAGUCGAGCUCAAUCGAAGGGUCAUGUCAUUUUGUGCGAAGAUACUAACACGAUCGACAAGAAAAUGGAUCUCGACACUUUCACUUCAGCGUGUCGUGAAUUGCCCAUUAUUGCUUCACUGCGCAUACGCGAAAUCUGCGAUCGAACUGAACUCGGUGCGACACUCAAAUUGGAGUUUGAUUACUUCCGAAAUCUCAUGGAUGCGCCGACUGAUCUUAAUUCGGAGUACCUGCGAAUACUGCGGCGGGCCUAUACGCUGGAAUCGUCGCCUGUUCGUCCAAAUGUGAUUGAAAAUUACCGCCUUGUAGUGGGAACGAUUGCUGUGGCGCGGGAACCGUUGAGUUUGCAUUCCAUUGCGCAGCUUUUGGGAAUUACGGAGGAUGAAGUCUAUGCAACUUUAAGACCAAUUGGUUCAAUUGUUGAUCUUCCUUCAACAGGAGAAGGGCGGCCCAAAUUUUAUCAUGCAACAGCGAAGGAGUUCAUCGUGGGGCAUCCGAUCAGUGGCACGUGCGACCAUCCUUUCUUUAUCGAUAAGGAUGGGUCCUUCCUGGGGUUACCGCUCCUUCGAUUCCUAAGGGGAUUGGCGAUACCCACCAAUCGCCCCUUAGGAGACGAGAAGAAGUGGAGGAGAUUUCAGCGGAAGAGGCAACCUGAGCAUAUCCAAUAUGCCGUCAAAUACUUGUUCAACCAUUUGGACUCUUCAAAGCUAUUCUCGCAAGACUCCAAUGAACUGCAGCAGGAGUUUGAUCACUUUCUCACCCAUAAUCUACUCUGGUUCAUCGUGCUGUUGCAGGGUGAAUUCACGUUGCUGGAUAAGAUUAAGUUCCUUCACUCUAAUAAUAAUGAUUACGGUUCAACUCAACUAUUAAGAGAAGCCGGGAGAGUGAACGAAUAUGUAGUUGACCGGUAUCAUCUUCCUGCCCUACCUCGGGUAACUGUCCACCCCAGCCACUUGCCCAAAACCAAAGUGUUUUAUCCGUGGCAAAUUUUUCGCUCCAUGCUCCCCUUCACUCCAACCUCAUCCCUACUCUUCAAAUCAUACAGUCAUCUUUCUGAUCCUGUUCGGAUCUUCAGCAUUUCCGGAGAGUUCGCUGGUCAUCUGAUUCCGUUAAGCGAGCAUGCACUCAGUGCUCGGAAGAUUAUGGAGACAAAGCUAAGGAGGUUGCCAAGGGAGCAGCAGGGUUACAAGGCUGAAUUUCUUGAUCCCGAUAUUCGUGAAGGCACAGUGACUUCUGCAGCAAUCUCCAAAGAUGGUUGUCACAUUGCACUUGGCUUCGGAAAUGGUGGCAUUGAAGUCGUUGACAUUGAUCAGCAGCAUUCCAUCACUCGAUUCCAAUGUGACUCGUAUAGUCCCCCAGUGUGGAUCGAGUUUAUCUCUGCCCCUGAAGCUUGACACGCUCCCCAGUGGGCAUUAUCCCACUGUCACUGUGGCAGCGGACAAUGGAUCAUUCGUCAUACGACUCCCA